CUACCUGAAGCGGUUCGCGUUGGUAUAUAAGGCGUUGACCUAUUAGCAACAAUUCAGUUUGCAAGUGGAGAACAAGCAGCAUAAUGAUUAACCGUCGCCAGCGUUUGGAAUUUGCCCUGACACUAUUGCCCUACGAUCCCCAGACGAUUCAGUUGUCAGAGACGCAGAAAAAGGUGGAGGAGAUCAUUGCCCGCCUGCGAACGGAUGACUCCUUUACGGAGGAGGAGAGCGACGACUGCAAGGUGCGGCGCAUUCAAGAAGCAAAUGAGUUCGCCGAUACCGCCAUGCACCACAUUGAAAUGUCCGAUAAUGGCAAGCUGAGCAAGCUGAGCACUCUGGAAACUCUGACACUGGCUGCUGAGAAACUGCUAAGGGCACAUCGAUCGCCUCGGGACGGGUCUGUGCCAGAUCAGGACUUCGAUGACAUUGUGCAGGGUAUGGAGAACUCGCAGCUGAUGAAGAACACCAUACAGGCGGUAAAUGAGUCACGUGUGAGGCUUCUACAGCGAUGGGAGCGCAGUAAGCGCAAGGCUCUCGAUCUCCUAACAACUGAGAUCGAGAAGGUGCAGGAAAUGGAUCAGGAGCAAGAGCAGGCUCAUGAUCUGGACAAGGACCAGGAGCAGAGUUCGGAGCCCUUUGAUGUGUUUCGCGAUGGAACCGAUGAGCACAACACCUCGACGCCGAAAACAAACGACGAAGAUCUUGGUUUGGACGAUGACGAUGAGGACUAUGUGCCCGGUGGAGAGGAGCCAAUGGGAAACAAGAGGAAGCGCAUCAAGAAACCGGUGACGUCCACUCCGAAUGCCAAACGGCGGUGUCCUGGUUUCGAAUUCGACCUGGACGGCGAGUCGCCGAUGGUGAUGAUCGGUCCCAAUGGCACCGAAGUAUCCCGCGUUAGCCUGAGUGCCAUCAACUGGGAUAUGACCGGACCAUCGAUCACCAGGAAGCUGCUCUGCGAGAUCUUCGACCGGGACACCCUGGCCCAUCAUACGCUCUCCGGAAAACCAUCGCCGGCAUUUAGGGACUGUGCUCGUCCCAGCAAACAACAGCUGGAUCCGCUCAAGGUGGCCGAUCUGGUCUAUCUGAUGACCAACAGCCUGGACAUGACUCCACGGGAGGUGCGCACCGCCAUCACCACUAAAUGUGCGGAUGAGAACAAGAUGCUCCGCUCGCGAAUGCAGCGCAAAUCGAAGUAGGGGAAUUCCACUGGGAAAUACUUUCUUUUUCGAGUCGAAGCGGUUUGGCUAAUCAAAGUUACUAUUUCCUAGAAGUGUAUUUGAAUCAUCUAACAGAAUGUAUUGUGUAAUCCGCGAUAGUAGUUCCAUUUACAAUUGUAAGUGAUUCUACAGUAUAGUAAGUCCCGGCACAGCCGAUAAAAGCCAGUGCACCAAAUGAAUAAAGAAACCCAUUUUCUUACCCAAGA